CAUUACGCCUGUACAUCUUUCACGAUAACGUCACUUGGAAAAAAACUUGAAACAUUCAUUCAUUGUAAAAAGUAAUUUACUUAAUGCCGAUUUGAACUUUCUUUUACCAUUUUAUAUUGUGUUACAAGUUCAGUGGCAUAUUUCAAGAUACCGGCACAGUUGAACCAUGACGGAACAACAAAUGGAUUGUGCUUUAGAUUUAAUGAGAAGACUUCCUCCGCAACAAAUUGAGAAAAAUUUGAUUGAUUUGAUAGAUCUGGCUCCUGCAUUAUGCGAAGAUCUAUUGACAUCUGUAGAUCAGCCAUUGAAAAUAGCUAAAGAUAAGGAAACAGGAAAAGAUUAUUUGUUGUGUGACUACAAUCGCGAUGGUGACUCAUAUCGAUCCCCUUGGUCCAAUACCUAUGAUCCACCGUUAGAAGAUGGAUCAAUGCCAUCUGAACGUCUUCGUAAACUGGAAAUUGAAGCGAAUCAUGCUUUUGAUCAAUAUCGUGAGAUGUACUACGAAGGCGGCGUAUCGUCCGCAUAUUUGUGGGAUUUGGAUCAUGGCUUUGCCGGAGUUAUUUUAAUUAAAAAGGCUGGAGAGGGCAAUCAAAAAACUAAAGGAUGCUGGGAUUCGAUCCACGUUGUAGAGGUACAGGAAAAAAGCUCUGGAAGAACCGCGCAUUACAAGCUGACUUCGACAGCGAUGCUUUGGCUGCAGACACAGAAACAAACGUCUGGAACAAUCAACCUAGGUGGUAGUUUAACUAGACAGAUCGAGCAGGAUGCACCCGUGAGUGAAAGCAGUCCGCACAUUGCGAAUAUUGGUCGCAUCGUUGAAGACAUGGAAAAUAAAAUACGAAAUACAUUGAAUGAAAUAUAUUUUGGAAAAACUAAGGAUAUAAUUAACGGUUUAAGAAGCAUUCAAUCGCUGGCUGAUACAAAUCAGCAAGCUGCUAUGAAAAAGGAUCUAGCUGCAGCACUUCUUCGACGAACUGGAAAAGGAGAAAACUGAAAUUAAUAUAGCAGUAGCAUGUUGCCGUCAUCAUCAGUCGGAUAGCAACUCAAGAAGGAAAACAAAGUCAUUUUAACACAACCAGGUGUUCCAUGCUGUUGCUGUUGGUCGUUCCACAUUUUUUUUCAUUUAAAACAUGACUUUAUAACAUUGUGCGUUGAAGACAGAAUGGUCUAAUAAAUAAAAAUUGAGAUGUUUGUAAUGCUAAUAA